CGCCGAGGUAGCCUGGCGAGAGGUUCAAACUUAUUUUUCUCUCGAUUUUAUUCCUCCUUUUGCCUCGAUUUCUGCGUUUUGUGCUCCUUCCUUCUGUGUGGCGUCCUCGAGGUUUCCUUGCUGUUCGUCUGUGAAGCGAGGAAGAGAUUCACCAUGUCGACCUCCAUAGCACCAGUGAUUGACCAGGAAAAUUCCAUUGCUCAGCGAGGGGCAAAGAUGAAGACGCAUGUAGGACUGGGAGUUCACACUGCACAAGGAGCAUCUCAAGGUCUGGCAGUUCAAAACCAGAAGAGAUUCAGCCAAGUGUCCGCCUUGUCUCACAUGAAGCCCCGUUCCUUUGGGGACAUCAGCAACCGCCUGGGCCAAGUGAGUGAAGGUGUUCCUGGUGGUUCAGUGAAGAAGAUGCAAAAGCAGGCUGUCCCUUCCACACAAAUGGAGCCCGAAUUCUUCCCCGAAAUCAAGGAAAAGGAAGAUUAUUCGGACAUCUUCCCAGCCUCGCUUAACUUGUCGGACCAGCACAUCAGCAAGCUCGUUCGCUUCUGGGAGGUCUGCAGACGACCCGAGCUGAGUGCACUCUCUCCUUCCAAGAUCCCCAAGUCCCCCCCGAGGUCAUUCUCUCUCAUGUCCACUGUGAGAGAGCCCAAGAAAGUGGUCAACCUGGAACCGGUGAUGGGGGACAUAUUUGACCUUCCUCCAUCCUGGGAAUAAACGAGGCCAAUGCGGCUUACAUGUGUUCGUCUUUUCUUAAUGUUUUUUUUUUUUUCCCCCCCUUUAUGGUGUCUUUGAGUUCAUAAUAAACGUAACAAAACUGAAGGCUUUUUAUGUGUUUUCGCUUUUUUUUUUCUUUCUUUUUUAAGGACUCAGGCCAACUCCUUGGGGAAAAUGGAAGUAGAAGUGGUGUUUCACCUUUCUUUUGCAUUUAUAAGUUGCAUUUUUCAUUAGAUUGUAUGUAUUUAUCUGUGAUACUCCUUUCCAAAACUUUUCCAUUAGGUGUAAGUGCACUUGAAAUAUUUUAUAGUCAGGUGAAAGAAGGCUCUACAUUGCUGUGUGUAUUGUCUGCAUGGGAGUGUAAGCCAUGCAUUUUUUAUAAUUUGUAUACCUUUUGGAAGAAAGGACGUUUUUUAUUAGUCCAACGGCUUUUUCCCUUUUUAAUAAAGUCCAAAGAAAAAUAUA